AAUCAUUAGCCUAUAAGAUCUGUAAUAAAAAUAAAAAAUCCAUAAAAUACCACAUGAGUUACAACAACUCAGAUAAGGCAGAAGAGGGAAAAUAAUACCUACAUACAGAGAAUGGAUUACUAAAUUAAUAGAUGCAAAGCUGAAUAAACAAAAAGUUUGUAACCUAUUGGAAAAAAUGAGUUCCUACAGGACCUUGGUUGACCAUGGCCACCCAAUUAUUGUGGGUGGCAGUGAAAUAUCACUUUCGUCGUCAUCGGCAACCAGUUCGCCCAAGGCCCUUCACCGGAUGAUCAAGUAUUGGCGCAAUAGCUCCGGAAAAAUCCCGGGUCUCCGCAAGAGCGAGAGUUUUGCUGAGUAUCGUCGCCACUCAUCAAACUCGGCUACAUUUGUGGGAGGAUCUGGCGGAAGAUCAAGUACUUCUAGUGCUAGGCAGUUGCAAUAUCAGCGGCUGGAAAUGGAAAGCUGCGAAAAUAUAGAUCUGCUGGCAGAACCACUAAGACGUCAGCAUGCCUUCAUGGCCAACACACAGAAGCAGCAACCGCCGGGCGGCGGUGGAAGCGGCACUGGCAGCGUCACCCACAGUCCGGAACGCCUGCGCGGAGCUACCCAGGAUCUCUUUGAGCUGCUCGAGCGUGUGCAGUGCUCGCGACUCGACGACCAGCGCUGCGUCCUGCCCGCUUACUUCUCUCAGAACCACCACCGCGGCAGCAACACGAGCGAGGAGCGUGUGCCACAGCCGCACUCGCCCCACGACAGCCACGCCCAACCACACAACGGCGGACUGCGGGGGACGCUGCGCCACUCGAUGAACCACUCGAGCAGCUCGACGGUCUCCGGAUCCGCGUGCAGCUCCACGCCGGCCUCCCCGCAAUUAAGCGGAGUGGUGAGCGCCUCGGGCGGCCAGCUGCUGUCCAACGGACACCACUACCAGUCGCAGUCGUCGGUGAGCUCGAACUCGUCGAUCGUCUCGGCCAUUCCCGCCUCGCAGAGAUUGCUGGAGGAGGCGCUGGCCAAGCCGGCUCCGUACCCCAUGAUCCUGCUCCCCCUGCACGGCGGCUACUGGCUGGAUGGCACCGAACACGAGUGCAGUUACGAUGCGCGGGGAAAUCCCCUGCUGCCGCAGACCACCUGGAUGGCCAAGUUCGAGACGGACGACACGGCCAAGUGCUACCGGCGAUUCUACGCGGCCAGGGAGCACUCGAAUCUGGUGGGACAGGACGAGCAGUUGGGCCCCAUUUUGAUCUCGAUCAAAACGGAAAACGUGGCCAACCAGGAGCACAUGAGGAUCCUCAUGCGGCUGAGGACUGGCACAAUGCACGAGUUGAUUCCUGUUUCGUGUUUGCUGCCACAGCCAAGUCCUGCCAAGAUGGCGAAUCUACUGAACGACCAAAUCCAGGUGGAGAACUUCAUGCCGGUUUUGUGCCCCAAGGCCUCGCAACUCAUCAGUGUUUAUGAUGAACACGUUCUCGUUUCGCACUUCAAGUUCGGAGUGCUCUACCAAAGAUACGGACAGACCACCGAGGAGGAGCUCUUCGGCAACCAGCAAACUUCACCAGCUUUUGAUGAGUUCUUGGACGUUUUGGGCCAGAGGAUACGACUCAAGGAUCACAAGGGUUACAGAGGUGGCCUGGAUAUACAGAAUGGUCAUACAGGCGAUACUGCAGUCUAUGAGGUUUUCAAGGAGCGGGAGAUCAUGUUCCAUGUAUCUACUUUAUUACCACACACCGAAGGGGAUCCACAACAACUUCAGAGGAAGCGUCACAUUGGCAACGACAUUGUGGCCAUUGUUUUCCAGGAGACCAACACCCCGUUUUCGCCUGACAUGAUUGCCAGUCACUUUCUGCACGCUUUCAUCGUGGUUCAACCAAUUGAACCAAAUACCCCACAUACUCGCUAUAAGGUCAGCGUUACCGCGCGGGAUGAUGUGCCCUUCUUUGGUCCUACCCUACCGAAUCCCGCUGUUUUCCGCAAGGGUCAGGAGUUCAAGGAGUUCAUCCUUACGAAGCUGAUCAAUGCGGAGAACGCCUGCUACAAGGCCGAGAAGUUCGCGAAGUUGGAGCAACGUACCCGGACCUCCUUGCUACAGAAUUUGGUGGAGGAGCUGCGGGAGAAGACUCGCGACUUUCUGGGUGCCGAUCUUUCGCAGGCGACGGCAGGAAGUCCCACUCCCGAGACACCGAAGGCGGAAAGUGGUGGUGGUGGGAAUGCCGGUUCCCGAUUCAUCGACACGGUCAAGAAGGCCUUGAUUAUGAGGGUUCGAUCGCAGAGCGUGGACACCGGAAACGGACAGACGGAUAAGUUCAGUGUGAACACCAAGCUGGGAACACUGAAUGCCAAGAAGGAGGCGCAUCCCGAAAUGCAGACACCCAAUCUGAAUACCUGCAGUCGCACCGCCUCGAAGUCCUCAUCCAAGUCCAAGUCCUCGAACGAGUCCACCUCCUCCUCCCCGGACAUCACCUCUCGCCAGGCGAACAACAACAACAGCGGUUCCAACGGCGCCAUCCUGCCCCAAAAUGGCACCGGAGUGGGCGUGGUCGCUGCGGCAGUGAGUGCCGCCCAAAAUGGCGUUGUGGCUGUGGCCACCAUGUCGGAAACCAGCGACGAUUCCAGUUUGAACAGCGUGGAUCUGGACCCGAUGAUGGCGCACUUGGAUGGCGGAGCCACCUACAUCGACAGCGACACCGGACUGGAGAGCAUGAGCUCCGCGGAGGCCACCACCAAGGCGUGCUCGCUCUGCCUGGAUGGGGUUCAGUCCACCAUGAUGGGCAGCUCGCCCAGCAACGAGACGAUCGUGAAGAUCGAGAACCUGCGCCAGGAGGUCACGCGGUUGAAGUGCGACAAGCUCGAUCUACUCAGGCAGAAUGUGACCUGUCAGCGCGACAUCAAGCGACUUCGGGAGCGGGAACUCUCCCUGCAGGGCGACCUAUCGGCGGCCGGGCGGGAGAUCCUGCGGCUGCGGGACCUCCUCAAGGAGUACAUGCCCGACACCGCUGCAGCACCCCUCUCCAUAUCGCCCAUCUAAGCGUCAAACGCAAACCUUUGAUGACCGAUUGGAUGAGGCGGUAAGCAUAAGGACGAGGAGUAACCACUGUGCCGUGUUUAACACUUUCGGAGGAAGGGAUCGCAGGGAUCGUUUGGAGGAGAGUUGAAUAGCAGACAGUUGGCGUAGCCCCCCUAGAAAAAAAAAACAGAAAAGAAAAGAGCCCCAAACAAAAAGAAAAACUGUAUUAUAUUUAGUUUACGUAGCUGUAGAUGCAGAUCGCUAGAGAUCAGAGACAGGCUGCAGCAGGCAUGCGCAUGGACAAGUUAUUAUAUAUACUACAUACGAACAGUUACAAACUAAACUAAACAAAGCGAUUAAACAGCAAAUGAAAACAGAACACAAAACUCAAAAAAGUACACCAAAUAUAUAGGAUAUAAGUCUUUAAGCAUAUUUAACGCAAGAAUAACACCUAACACCCCAAAAUCAUGAGCCCCAAAAAUCAAUUCCAGAAAUCAUACCAACUCUAACCUAAGUAGAAAGCGAUCAAUCACAAAGCAUCACACAGAGAUCGACAUCGAUAUAUAUUAUGAUGAUAAUCACAAAAACACAAAAACACACUCGUAGCAAAGUUUUGAGGUUUACAAAACCGUUACUCGUUCGUUAGUCGCACCCGUAAACUGUUACUGUUGCCGUGACUGCUACCGUGACUCUCGCCCCACAUUUCAUCCCCAUAAUGGAAGCAAACUAAAUUAUGAUCGAUAUAUAUAUACAAAUAUGAUUUUAUUUUUAAUCACUCUACGAAAACACACCGCGAAAUAUAAACCAGAUAGAGGGAACUCUUAACCUUAAGUUUAAGUUGCUUUAAAUACUUUUACCUAAACUGUAUGUUAAUUAAUUACGUAUGUCUUAAGUUCAACCAAACCAACAAAAGCAAGAACCACAACAUCAAUGAAUUGAUGACUCACGAAUAGAAUUUGCAUGCCGCAUUCAAUGUACAUAUGUGUAGGAGCGACGUUCUAUAUAAUUCUCGAUCCGCAUCCGGAUCUGUCGAAAUUAAUUAUGACUAUAUUUUGUGUUCUAAUCGAUUACUGAACAACCAACCAAUAACCGACAAAUGAGAGCAACGCAAUUGAAACCAAGCUAGUAGUAUUUGGGAACACAAUUCCAAGAGCAAAAGUUACACGCAAGCAAGAAUUUUGUCUUUGAAAUCUAUCCGAUAAGUACCGCGAAUAAUUGUUUUUGUUGAGAUGCAUUAUCAUUUUUAUUGUGUAAAGUAUAAAAAUCAAACAAAUAUAUGCAAAAUAUAUGGAAUAUAUAAACAAA